UCGGGCGCACACGCCUCCUACCAAAACCACAGCCCGGUGUGCAACCGAGCUCUCAUUCACAGCUUUCUAGAGAAAUCUGAGCCCGACCUGCCAGAAUAGGGGAUCUCACCCGCCCAGUUCAGCAGCGAGACACCUGCAGAAGCACAUUCCCAAAGCCAGGCUGGGCGGCCAUGUGAAGUAAGCCAUGGCCUCGGUUUUGCUUCUCUUUUGGAUGGCCACCACCACGUAGGGCCUGACUGUGGAAGAAGACCCUGUCUUUGCCUGUUCUGGUGGCAGUUUGGAAAACAACUGUUGAAUGGGCUACGGUUUCAGCAGACCAUCAGGUGAAUGGGACCAGUCUCUCUUCUUCCAAAAUAUCAGAAAUUAAGCACUUGCAAAGGAGAUUUGGCCAAGAUGACCCAUUUACAGGCUGGGCUCAGCCCAGAGACUAUAGAGAAAGCACGCCUGGAAUUGAAUGAAAACGCAGACAUUUUACAUCAGGAUAUCCAGCAAGUCAGGGACAUGAUCAUCACCAGGCCUGACAUUGGGUUUUUACGUACAGAUGAUGCCUUCAUCCUGAGAUUUCUUCGAGCCAGGAAGUUUCACCAAGCAGAUGCCUUUAGACUCCUGGCCCAGUACUUCCAGUACCGCCAGUUAAACCUGGACAUGUUUAAAAACUUCAAGGCGGAUGAUCCCGGCAUUAAGAGGGCUCUGAUUGAUGGGUUCCCUGGGGUGCUGGAAAACCGUGACCACUACGGCAGGAAGAUUCUUCUGCUGUUUGCAGCCAAUUGGGAUCAGAGUAGGAACUCCUUCACAGACAUUCUCCGCGCCAUACUGCUGUCCCUGGAAGUCCUCAUUGAAGACCCAGAACUUCAGAUAAAUGGCUUCAUUUUAAUUAUAGACUGGAGUAAUUUUUCCUUCAAGCAAGCCUCCAAACUGACACCUUCAAUCCUUAAACUGGCCAUUGAAGGAUUGCAGGACAGCUUUCCUGCCCGCUUUGGAGGAGUCCACUUUGUCAACCAGCCCUGGUACAUUCAUGCCCUGUACACGCUUAUCAAGCCAUUCCUCAAAGACAAGACCAGGAAACGGAUUUUCCUGCAUGGAAACAAUUUAAACAGCCUUCACCAGCUAAUACACCCUGAAUUUUUGCCCUCUGAAUUUGGAGGAACCCUUCCUCCUUAUGACAUGGGAACUUGGGCCCGGACGUUACUUGGUCCCGACUACAGCGAUGAAAAUGACUAUACUCACACCUCCUAUAAUGCAAUGCACGUGAAGCACACGUCCUCCAACCUGGAGAGGGAAUGCUCACCCAAGCCAAUGAAAAGGUCUCAGUCUGUGGUGGAAGCGGGGACCCUGAAACAUGAGAAGAAGGGCGAGAAUGACAACACACAGCCGCUGCUGGCUCUGGACUGAACCCGGAGCCUCCCACUGCCCCUGCGCAUCGGCCUUCAGUGCAUCAGCCACCAGGGAGCUCAUGUGCACCUGACCCCCAGCCACGCGCGUCCCACUUGACAUGAGGUCCUCCACACCUGACCCCGAGCAAUGACUGUCACCAGCCAGCAGUCUGAGCAGCCAGAGUUGGACAAAGACUUGAGAGAUACUUUCUUUUUCAGUGAGAGGACAGGAGGAUGAUGCAAGGCAUUUAUAUAAAUAAAGAUUCUCCUUUCCUCCAUAUUUAUGGUAUUAAAAGAAUUAAAAAAAAACGAAAAACUAGUUUGGAUGCACACGCUGCAUUACGACAAGGUAUCACACAGGGACCCUCUCCAGUUUUUUAAAAUUAAGACUAGAUGCAUUUCCAAGUAAAUACAUCAGCGUUAAACUGCGCAGACACAACUGUCAAGUUCAAUGUAAAGCAAAGCCCUGAGACAAUAGUAUCUCCAGUAAUUUCCAUUCUUAUCGAAUUAUUUUCUUUGACCUCAUCACCAGCAUCAAACUGCUCAGACCAAGAGCAUGUUCUCAUAGGUCUGGCUAUUUGCAGAGUUUGCUUAUUUUGUUAUCCUGCACAAAAGGAUUUUGACAUCACAUAUUUUGUCCAAUAUCAUGACUUUAAAAGAAAAAACAUACUCCUGGAAAUAUGAUUAUUCCAUCUUAGCAACGUGAGUUCCCACAGGCAGCCCGAGAACCCAUUAGUACAGUGUGUGUCUGCAGAGAGGAGACAUCUCAUUGAAAAUACAUGUCAGUGAUUAAUGAAUCCAUUCAAGUUGCCUCCCUUGGGUCACUACUGCAAAGAAAAGUGCUACUGAAUCACUUCACCCUCCCCCCAACCCUUGAAACCAUUAGUGAUGCAGAGAAAGAACAUAGCUGUAGGCGAGACAGUAAAUAUUCAACCACGAGGGAAGACCAGAUAUGCAAGUAUUAAGUAAGAGAAACUAGAAGUGAAGAAUGAAAUGCCAAAGAUCAUUUUAUUUCUUUAUCUAUUCUCCUUCGAAAUGGAGUCCCCAACCACCCAUUCAAAGGAAAUCAGAUAUACAAUAAACAGACACUGUAGUGCAUCCUUACUUGUGACAUGUUUCCUAAGACCAGUGCAUAUUUUUAGACGCCUCUUAUUUGCCUAAUCAUGUGCAUGACACGGGCAUUUGUUAGGAUGACCAGUUGGUGCUCAAUGUCAAAUAAAAAAUAUUUCAGGUGAUAAUGGGCAGCAAAAUCUGAUUUUACAUUUGAAGCAUUUGGGAAGGUUAAUUUGUUAGCUGAAUAAUUUAAAGGAAAGAGGUGAUUCAACUGGCCAUGAUCACCCCCCAAUAGAUAUUAUGACUAAUCCUUACGAUUUAUUAUAUCUCUUUCUCAAUGAUCUAAUGUUUCAAUUUUUUUUCCUACUGGUAGAGAAUAAUAAAAAAAAGCAAUUUUUUAAAGUAUAUCCUUGGAGAAAUAAAACUGAAAUAGAAUUAAAAGUAUUUCUCACACAAUUGCAUCACAGUAUAAAUAAAACCAAUUCAUUUUGUGUAGACAUUCCCAAUCCCAAAAUAAUAACACAGAAAUAAUUCUACCAAGCAGCGACAGAAACACUUUUCUUGUACCAAGACAUAGGUAAGAGAAGUAAGGAAUUAAAGUGAAUUAGAAAAUCCAUUUUAUUGAUUGAGUUUACAAAAUAGUGGUGGGGUCCAAGUAUUUACAAUUUUAUUGGAGUCAAUUAUUGCCAGCACUUUGCAGCAGGAAUAACACUUCUAGUUUUUCAAUCGGCAAUAUUUAGAACCCCACUCUAGUGACCUGAUUUUAAACACUUUAUUAUAUUUACUGAGUCAAGAGUUAGUUUUUACUCUGUUCCAUAAUUUCAUUACAUGAAUGUAAGAUGAUGGUUUUACAAUAACGUAUAGUUUGAAUUUCUUUAUGUAUAUGCAAUAUACAUAUAAGAACCAAAUUCAGUAAGUGACGUGAUCGUUCCUACAUGAACAUUGAACUCUAUUGCCCUGUGUUGGUCACUUCCUCUGUUCAAUAAAUACUGAAGGAUACGAUACCCUUUUACUUUUCAA